UCAUCACAGCAUCGCGGCGUCCUUCAGGAACGAUCCGCCAACUGGCCACUCGAGAACACAGCCUCACCACUCUCAGGAGCACAACACCCACCGCUCAAACUGUCUCGAAGUCAAAGCCCUAUCGAAAAUGCUUACCCGCAGCAGGCCACCGCCGCGGGGAACUACUACACCGGCAGCUUACAUGCUCAGCACAUGGGCUUGGCAGGAUGUGGAGUAGAGAGGUCUGAGAAGCAAAUCGCCCGAGAGAUCAAGCGGCUGUAUGCACUACUAGACCGAUCAGACAAAUACCAAAAAUACAGAGAAAAACAGCCCGUUUUAACGAUACGAGAAUUCAUUGAGAGGGAGGAAAGAGAAGCAAAGAUGAAGAUCGACAAGGACAACAAAAGCCCGGAAAAGAGCGUUUGGCCCGAGUUUUUGGAACUCGCAUUCUGGAGAGCCCUGAUCAGAUGGCCACCCAUGGGUCGCAAGAAGUUUAUGCUUGAUGGUGCCCUCCGCGGCCGCAAUGAACUCAUUCAGGAUUCGAUAUGCAAGGAUACGGGAAUCAGGCGAGACCGCAAACAAGUAUCGAGCCAUCUCCAAGUGCUCAAGCAGCAUCUUAAAGAUCAACCUGGUGUGCUUGUAUAUAUGGCAACAAAAGACGAAGACAAGAAACGCCACCGGGGGAGGGAUGCUGCGAACUCGUAUCACCUGUCCCACUUGGGCGGACGCCACCAUCCGCAGCAGCGCGUGGGCAGCGGCUCCAAAUACGACUACAACGCUUCUGCACCCUUCUGGAGCAGCAUUGGCUCGAUGCACUCGUCCCUGGGUCUGGGCUUGAACGGUGUAUCUGGCAUCGCGCCUUACACAGUGACCGACUUCACAAUGCUGGUCGAGGAUUCCGAUCAACCCGUGCACGACUUCACGCAGCUUUCGGGAGACGGAAGACAACAAGACCUGCAUGUUACCGAUACUUCGAUGUGGAACCGGCAGUACCCUGAAUUCGCAUUUCUCCAGAAGCAGGCUGAUGAGUGGACUAAGAAGCACCAAAAGGUCCUGGUGUGCGACGCGUCUAUAAAAGUCAUGACUGAAACACGGCCGAAUGCGCACCUCUCUAUCGCUUUUGAUCUGCACUCUCAGCGGGAUCUUCGACCUUUUGAGUCCUUGGUCUGCACCACUCGGUUUUACGAUGAUGGGAAGAUGGAUACCGAUCCACAAUUCGAUGGGCCGCACCAUCACGAUCUCAAAGAACACCGCACGUCGUGCGAAUACACUGCUGACCCACACAGUAGCAGCGGCCGUUUACGCCUGGCAUUCGGCUCGAGAUUCUGGGUCAACAGGAUGUCAAAGUAUCAGAGCCUGCGGCACAAAGACGAAAAUCUUGUCAGUCGCUCCUUGAUGAGACUCACGGCAACACAAGACGUGUACGGCGUCAACCCUAGCGGCGCCGCAGAAUGCGUCCUCACAAUCCUCUGGCGAUUCCGCCAAACCCGCGACUCCGCCGAAGUAGGCGUAAUGAAAUGGCGCGCCGUAUCCUUCGGCAACCCCCAAACCAGUCUGAAGCAGGAGUGGGCCAAGCAAGAAAGCAUCGACGACAUCAGCGACGAGCUCCUCGAAAUCGCAACCACCCAGCCCACACACUCCAACCCGCUCUACCACCCCCUCGCCUACGCAGUCCAACCCUACCAAACCCAGCCCCCGCAACUCCACAUCGACACCCUCACAGCCUGGCCCUGCACCGCGCCCGACCUCGCCACCCCGUCGGCCUCCGCCGCCCCCAGCACCGCAACCGACCACUCCUUCGCCUCGCUCCCCAACCUCUCCCACUCCCAGGACACCGCCUCGGGCUUCGACGCAAACGACUUCGACUUCACCGGCGGCCGCAUCGACAUCAGCGGCGCCUUCUCGCCCGCCAUCAUGGCGCAGUACGAAACCUACUCGCAGCCCAGCGACCUCGGCGGCCUGAACGCCCUCGCGGGGAUGGACCACCAGUCGCUGCUCGACAUGGGGCUCAGCGCACACGACAUCGCGAGUAUCGGCGUCACGCCUGUACUCGACCCCUCGCUGUCUGCGCUGGGUGUCGCGGACCCCGCCCCCGGCCAGCCCUGCUACAGCACCAAGCCGCUGCCCGCGUGGGCCCACAGCAACGCCGCCCUGAUCAGCUCGCUGGAGUCCCAGGCCGAG